CUCGAUUAACCGGGCAAAACACAUCUUUUCAAUUGUUUUGUGGUGUUUCUGUGAGUAGGAUACCAGGAUCAAAGGAUUCAAACUAGAACGAUGCUGAAGUUCACGGUUCUUGUCAGUUGCCUGGUGGUGACAGCCCUUUGCUCCGACGAUCUCCAAGGUGCUGAAAGCGGUUGGGGUGGAUGGAGCUCUGGCGGCCAAGGUGGAGGUAGCUAUGGUGGUGGCUACGGAGGCGGUCAAGGAGGCGGCUACGGAGGUGGCCAUGGAGGUGGUAGUGCUGUGAUCAUUUCAUCCGGCAAGGGUUGGCCAUCAUCCGGUGGUUGGACCCAGGGCAUUUCAAGUGGAUCAGGAUGGAACAAAGGAGGCUCCGGCUGGAAUACGGGAGGUUCCGGAUUGAAUAAGGGAGGUUCCGGAUGGAACAAAGGAGGAUCUGGUUGGAGCCAAGGAGGCUCGGGAGGCCUUGGAGGCGGAUGGUCAAAUGGUGGAGGCUACGCUAAGUCGUACAGCCAUGUUAACACUGUGAGCAAGGGAUGGCCGUCGGCUGGGUCUUCCGGAUGGUCGUCCGGUGCAUCUGCCUGGCCGUCAAGUGGUGGUUCAGGGUGGUCUGGAAAUACUGGUGGAUGGAGCAAUGGGGGAAGCUCUGGCUGGCCAAGCUCUUCGGGAUGGAGCUCGGGUGGAAGCCAGGGAUGGUCUGGAGCCGGAAAGGUAUUGAGCUCGGGUGGAGGAUAUGGCAGUGGAAAGGGAUGGUCAUCAGGAGGUUAUGGCGGUGGAAACGGAUGGUCGACUGGUGGAAGCGUUGGAGGUCACUCUGGAGGAUGGAGUAACGGUGGAUCCAGUGGUGGGUGGAAGAGCUGGUAAUUGGUGACUACCUUGAAUAUAUUAUAAUGACUUGUGUUCAGAAAAUUGCAGCUUUUUCACGAAUAGUCAUCAAACAACAUUUGUAUAAACUCAUGUAAAGUGCAACGUUUACGAGGACGUUUGUAUAUUUGUAAAUAAAUGAACAUAAAAUUGCAAA